UCCUCCGGUGCCGAGAACCUACGAGGCCGGGAGCCGGGAGGAUCUGGGAGGCGGGGGCUUACUUAGGGAGACCGCGGACUUGGAUCGGAGCAACCCUUUAGAGACUCGGUGCAGUCAAAAAGAGCCACCAUGGGGACCACUGCCCCAGGACCCAUUCACCUGCUGGAGCUAUGUGACCAGAAGCUCAUAGACUUUGUCUGCAACAUGGACAAUAAGGACUUGGUGUGGCUCAAGGAGAUCGAGGAGGAGGCGGAGCGCAUGUUCAUAAGAGAAUUCAGCAAAGAGCCAGAGCUGAUGCCCAAAACUCCUUCUCAGAAGAACCGACGGAAGAAGAGACAGGUUUCUUGUGUUCAGGAUGAAAACAGAGACCCCAUCAGGAAGAGAUUAUCCCGCAGAAAGACUCGGAGCAGCCAGCUGAGUUCCCGGCACAUCUGUAGCAAGGAUAAGGUGGAGAAGCUGGCUACAGUGAUGGGGGAGAAUGGCUCUCCUGUGCUGCAGCGGGUGACCCGAGCUGCAGCUGCUGCAGCCGCAGCCGCAGCCGCCGCAGCUGCAGCUGCAGCCGCUGCUGCAGCCUCCUCCACAGCAUCGGCUGAAUCUUCACCUAUCCCCGAGCUUCCCAGCAUGCUGACCGAGAAGCCCAUGGUGGUGAUAGGCCUUACCGAGCGCCGGAGUGCUGAACAGUGCCUCACUCAGUGCAUGGCUGCCUCAGCUCUGUCACAGGUUCCAUCCCCAGCUCCCACUCCAGCUGCACCUUCGGCUUCCCAGGRCAUCCUGACAUCGGAUGUUGAAUCAACACCUAAGAAGUCAGAGGCCGGAAGACUGGAGUCUGUCACAGUGAGCUCUUUGAUGGCUACGCCCCAGGACACCAAGAGUCGAGGGGUUGGGACUGGACGGUCUGUGUCCAAGCUCAAGAUUGCGCAGGCUUCCCCAGGUCUGUGGGACUCACACAGCUCUCCAGACUCUCCAUGGAAGGAGCGGGUGCUGGCCCCCAUCCUGCCAGAGAACUUCUCCACCCCCACGGGCUCCCGUGCAGUCCCUCAGUCAGUGCGUCGCAGCCUGAUUGCCCUGUCCUCCCCGGAUGCCCAAGUCUUACUCACCCAAAAGUAUUCCCUGGUGUCCAGACAGGAAGGCACCAGCCGCAGAUCAAGCAAAAAGAUCAAGAAGGCUGCCAAGGAGCCAGCUGCCUCUGCCCGCAUCAUCUGUCACAGUUACCUGGAGAGACUCCUGAAUGUUGAGGUGCCCCAAAAAGUCAGCCCUGAGCACAAGGAAUCCAGUGACAAGGAUGAGCCUGUGGAGGCAGACAAGCCAGAGGCCUCCAAGAACGAUGGGAGUAACUCGAGGCUCCAUGGUGCCACCAAGGUUGCCCCUAGUACGUCCACAUUGAAGCCUGCAGCUGGUGACCAGGAAGCACCCUCUUCCUCUGAAGGGCAACAAGAGGCCAAGACUGAUGAAGCAGAUAGACACAGAGAGCCACCCCGGAGUGUCAGGAGGAAACGCAGCUAUAAGCAGGCGAUGAGUGAACUGGACGAGCAUCAUCUGGGGGAUGAGGAGCUGCAGCCCCCCAGGUGUAAGACUCCUUCCCCACCCUGCCCAGCCAGCAAGGUGGUACGGCCCCUCCGGACCUUUCUGCACACAGUGCAGAGGAACCAGAUGCUCAUGACCCCAAUCUCGGGGUCCCGCAGCAGUGUCAUGAAGUCUUUCAUCAAGCGCAAUACUCCCCUGCGUGUGGACCCCAAGUACAGCUUUGUCGAGAAGGAGCGCCAACGCCUGGAGAACCUGCGGCGGAAGGAGGAGGCUGAGCAGCUGCGCAGGCAGAAGGUGGAGGAGGACAAGCGGCGGCGGCUGGAGGAGGUGAAGCUGAAGCGUGAGGAGCGCCUCCGCAAGGUGAUGCAGGCCCGAGAGCGCGUGGAGCAGAUGAAGGAGGAGAAGAAGAAGCAGAUAGAGCAGAAGUUUGCUCAGAUCGAUGAGAAGACCGAGAAGGCCAAGGAGGAGCGGCUGGCAGAGGAGAAGGCCAAGAAAAAGGCGGCGGCCAGGAAGAUGGAGGAAGUGGAGGCGCGUAGGAAGCAGGAGGAGGAAGCGCGCAGGCUCAAGUGGCUCCAUCAGGAAGAGGAGGAGCGGCGCCAUCAAGAGCAAUUGCAGAAGAAGAAGGAGGAGGAGCAGGAGCGGUUGCACAAGGCCGAGGCCAGGCGGCUGGCAGAGCAACGCGAGCAAGAGCGGCGGCUGGCAGAGCAACGCGAGCAGGAGCGGCGGCUGGCAGAGCAACGCGAGCAGGAGCGGCAGCUGGCAGAGGAGCGCAAGAGGGAGCAGGAGCGCAAGAGGGAGCAGGAGCGGCUCCAGGCCGAGAGGGAGCUGCAGGAGAGGGAGAAGGCCCUGCGGCUACAGAAGGAGCGACUGCAGAGGGAACUGCAGGAGAAGAAGAAGGAGGAGCAGCAGCGCCUGGCUGAGCAGCAGCUGCAGGAGGAGCAGGAGCACAAAGCCAAGAAGGCGACUGGAGCCAGCAAGGGCCUGAAUGUGACCAUAGAUGUGCAGUCUCCAGUUUGUACCUCAUAUCAAAUGACUCCACAAGGGCCCAGGACCUGCCCCAUAAUCGUUACAGAUGAUUAUGGGAUGGACCUGAAUAGUGAUGACUCUACUGAUGAUGAGGCCAACCCCCGGAAGCCUAUUCCCCACUGGGCCCAAGGCGCCCAGUUCUCACAGGCUGUCAUCUCUCAAUACUGUAACCCACUGAACACUGAUGAGAUUUUUGGACCCAUUCUCCUGCCUGACUUGGAGGACAUCUUCAAGAAGAGCAAGCCCCGCUACCACAAGCGCACCAGCUCGGCUGUCUGGAACUCGCCGCCCCUGCGGGGCACCAGGACUCCUGGCAUCCUGGUCCACAGUCUGAAGAAGUACUGAAGCAGGCCCAUGGCCUCUCUGCUGUCUCUGCGCCCAUCUGUCUGUCUGUCUCUCUGUUGGCUGACAUCCUCCUGCUUGGUCUGUCAGUGCUGAGGGCUUGGUCAGGUGGCUGUGAGCCUCCUUGGUGUGCGGGUGUUUGUGCUGCAGAUGGAAGGUGGCCCCAGGCCUGUGGGGGCCAUGGGCUUGGUGGAUGGCUGGGGAGGAAGCAGGCCCAGCCCUAACCAGCCUGCAGGCAGCACUGUGUAAAUAGAUUAUUACAAUUCAGCAGAAUUUUAGUCUGUAGAGUUUUAGAGGUAGAUUAAUAAAGUGCAUUCUUUCCAGCCUUCUGUGGAUGUCGUGAAGACCAGGCUCUGUGGCAUCAUGCCCCGGAUCCUGGUCCUGCAGGCAUGUGUCUCUGGCCAACAGACCGUCUGGAGAAGCAAGGCACUGCUCCUUCACCUGGGUGUGUUCCGUGGUCACUGGUGGUGGGAUCCCGCCCCAGAGGUACUGACUUGAGGGCUGAAUCCAAUACCUGGGGAGACACUUUAAUGAUUUCGUGAUGGGGCAGUGAAGAUGCUUGGUUAGUAAAGGAAUUUCAUUCUUUUGGAAAGACUUAGGCCUUGACACAGCCCUGCCACUUAGUCCCUCAGCCUAGCUACUCCUCAGGCUCCACCCUUGCUGCAUGGGUGGUGAAAGGACUUGAAAGAGUUCAAAUGCAUGAGCUCUGAUUAGAAAAAAAGGAGGUCCUUUGAGACCACCUUGGGACCAGGGCAGUGUGAGAGUGCCCCAACAUUGAAACCAGACAGCUGCUAAUUAAAUGGUUGGUGCCAAUCAAGAGUGGCCCUGGUCCUGGCUACUAGGUGUCCUGUUGCUCUAAGUCCCUAGAGUCGAGGUUGGUAAACUAUGGCCCAUGGGCCAGAUCAAGCCACAGUCAACUUUUAGUUUUAUUGGAACAUGCAGAUUGGAAAUGCUGGUUGGUCUGUCCGUCCCCACCUGCUCUCACUUGAGGGUAGAAUUAAGUUUUGCAGCAGAAGCCUUGUGGCUUAUAAAGCUGACAAUUUUUGUUGUCUGAACCUGUACAGAAAAACUUCCUGACCCCUACUUUAGGACAAAAUAAAGGCUAAAUAGAAGAAUGCUUUAAAAAGAAAAGAAAUUGUGAACACACAUGAUAAACCAAAGUUAGAAGAUUCUGCCCAUGCGAAGAAAAACAUUUUACAGUUCAUUCAAAUAUGGUGGACAUGCAGAUUUGUUCCAUCUGUUCUCCUGACUGGAAACUUACGUUAAGUAAACUGGAGAGCAUGUCUUUGUCUGAAAUCAUAACAUCAAAUUUUCACUCUGAUAAGCAUAUUGAUACAGCGUGUCCAAGAAGCACUUAUUCAACAGAAAGGCAAUUUCAGUUGUGUCUUGAUCAGCACUUGAUGUUGUCCGUAUUUCUUUAUCCACUAUAAUAGGAGUGUAGUGGUGUCUCAUGGUUUUAAUAUUUCCUCAAGGCUGAAAAGGGUGAAUAUUUUUUCAAGUGCCUAUUUGCCUUCUGUAUAUCAUUUUUGGUGAAGAAUCUGUUCAAGUCUCAGUCCUAAAUUGUGUUGUUUAACCAUUAAAUUUAAGAAUCCUUGCGUGGUGUAAAUACAAAUCUGCUGCCAGAUACGUGCUCUGUACUAUUUUCUGCCGUUCUGCAGCUUGCCUUUUCAUUUACUUCCAGUCACAGAGCAAACAUUUUAAAUUCAGCAAGUCUACUUAUCAUUUUAUGGGUUAUACUUUUUUGGUGUCAUGUCCAAAAGAAAUCUUUGUUUAGCGUCAAGUCCCAAAGCUUUUGUAUGUUUCCUUCUGGAUGUUUUCUUAUUCUAAAUGUUAUAUUUAGACAUGAGAUAACUUUUAGUUUGAGAUAACUUUUUAAAGUGUGAGGUUCAUGCUUUUUGUUUUUAUUUGGGGCACGUGGACGGAUGUCURGUUGUUUCAGCACCAUUUGUUGAAAAGACUGUCCUUCCUCCACUGAAUGUCCUUUGUAUCUCUGUCAAGAAUCAGUUAGCCACAUUCAUAUGGGCCUAUAUAGGACUUUUUUUCUUCAUUCAUCUGUGUCUCUUCUUUUGCCAAAACCACAUGGCCAAGAUUGCCAUACUUUGUAAUAAUCUCAAAAUCUGAUAAUUUAAACCCUCCAGAUUUCUUUUUCCUUUCCAAUUUGUUUUUACUAUUAAUUUUACCUUUCUACAUAUAUUUUAGAAUUGGUCUAUCUAUACAAAAGUCCUGCUUGGGUUUCCAUUGGAAUUUCAUUAUAGAUGAGUUUGGAGGUAAAUUCACAUACUUACAAUAGUGAGUUUUGUGAUUCGUGCAUGUGAUAUGUCUCCGUGUAUUCACAUUUUAUAGUUUCUGUCAUCAGCACAUUGUAGUUUUGGCAUACAUUAUCUUGUACAUAUUUUGUUAAAUAUUUAUUUUCUGGCCAUUAUUAUAAAUAGUUUUGUUU